AAGUGGAUGCAAAUGGGAUUUUGGAAUGUAUUUCAAACCAUUUCACUCGGACUCGAACAAGUUGUAAAACUAGGAGAAGCAAACACCAACAACCAUUCAGAAAACACUUUACAUAAUCAAAAAAAGCCUUUUGUCAACAACUUUGUUUCUUCUUUGACGAACAAAAACUCGUCAACACUUUCUAGUGACUUUCGAGAAAGCUUGAAACGGUCGUAUCCCUCCUCAGUAGAAUCCGUUCAACCGGCGAAACGAAGACUUACUCAUAAUUGUGAAGAAGAUUUCACUUCCAUACCAAAAGAGUUUGAUAUCCAAAAUCUUGCCCAAGUCAAACGUCGAAAGCUCUCCUUCCUAGAAACUGUAAGAAGAAAACGAAAUUUGAAAUUAUAUAGAGAUAAAAUACGAAACUUAAGAGUCGAAAAUUUCAGCGAGGGGUCUUCGCAAACGUUGGAGAACUCUCUGGAUGAACUAACAGCUGCCAACCUAUCGAGACCAAAGGCUGAAAGCCAAAGCGCCAGUCAGUCUAAUUAUCGUCUUGAAGCUAUAAGAAAACAGGAGAAGUUGUCUCUUCAAAAGGAAAUAGAUAUGCUGAAGCAGAGAAUACAACAGUUGCAACGACAGGAAAAGAAGCAAGUGGGACUACUGAUAGCUUCUAAUGAUUCCGAGUCGAUGUUGGAGCAAAAACUUUUACUUUCUACUACCAAAUUCCUUGACAAAGCAGUAUUUCAUCAGGAAGCGUUUCAGAGAUCGGAGGAUGGAUUGCUUCAACUACGUUCAAAGAGUGCCAUUCAUAAGAAUCGUGCAAUCUUUUUUGCGGAACAAGUUCGAAAAGGUUUAGAGUCUGUCGGUAUAAACAAAACAGAUACAGAAGUUGCUGUACACAAGUCUUUUAGCAUUGUAGAAAGACAUGAUGAGAAGAAGCAACAACUCAACGCAGUUAUCGAGUUAUCGGAUAGCAGCGAUGAUGAUGAACUGGUAGAUAAUGUUACCGACGAAAGUGAAGAUGUGGAAUUACUCGAUGAAUUGCUUUCUUCUUUAUCAGAGGAUUGUCAGGUUGUGAAUAUUUCCGAAGGUACAGUAUCUCCCGAAGAAUUGAACAGAUACCUAAAGGAUGGAUUGGACUUUCCUUACGCAGUCGACGAAAGGGAUCCUUUAUCACCCUUGUCUGCCAAGGCUCUGAUGUUUUGCAAGUAUAUGUUGAAGGAACCGAAGAAUCGUUUGCUAGUUUCUCGAGAUGGAAUGAAAAUAACGAGAAAUGAUUUGCGUCUCCUUCUUCCAGGGAAUUGGUUAAAUGAUGAAGUGAUUAACUUUUACAUGUCACUCCUCCAAGAACGAAAUGAAAAGAGUAUUUGUGAUAACGGAUACUCGAAAUGUCUGUUUCUUUCAAGCUUCUUCUUCAUUAAACUGUUAUCGGGGGGUCACUAUGAUUAUAAUGCUGUUCGAAAGUGGACCCACCAUGUCAACGUGUUUGAAUACGAUAAGGUCAUCAUACCCAUAAAUAUAAAGAAUUGUCAUUGGAUCUUGGCUGUGAUUGACAUAGAAGGGAAGCGUUUUAUAUGUUUAGACUCUAUUCGGGGUUCUCAUAUGAAAAGGUUGCAAGCACUUCGACAAUGGCUGUAUGAUGAAUAUCGUACCAAACUUGGUUUAAAAUUAGAAACUGACAAAUAUUCUUUCGAGCAACCUGAUGUUCCCCGUCAGUCCAAUGUAGAUGACUGUGGAGUUUUUUGCUGUAAAUUUGCUCAUUAUGUGUCCUCGAAUUGGAAACUAACAUUUUCUGCUGAGAAUAUGAAUUACUUCAGAUGGAGAAUGAUGCUUGAAAUAUUAUGUCAACGAGUAUCAUGAUAUUUGGAAUUGUUUUCUUAUUCAGCCCGAAGCAUUUUAUAUAAAGUUUUUUUAUGUGGCCACACGACUGUGUCUGAAGAACGGUGGUUUCGUAUUUGUUUGAUUUCUACGGAAGAGGAACACUAUUUUUUCACUAAGAAGAGCAUCUCGUGGAGAAUUACAAACAUUUUUUAAUUUGGCGCUCAAAGGAGAGCUGCUUUUUUCUUUUCUUCCUUUCACUUUAAAUUUUUCAUGUUCGAAUAUCAAGACACAAGAAGUGACAAUUUCUUCGUUAUCAAUCGUUUGAAAUAAAGUUUGAACUUGUUCC